AUGUCAAUCUUAUCUGCUAUCUCUUCAUUCGGUAACGUCAGCUCAAGAUCAAAAAGAUCAAUUUUAGCAUUAGGCGGUGCAUCAGGUUUACAAGGUGCUAACAGCAGUGCUGGUGGUUGUGGUUGUGAAGGUGGUGCAACUGUUGGUGUUAAUGCUCCAGUUGGUGCUUUAUUAGGCAAUGUUGUUGGCACUGUUGGUAGUGUUGCUGGUCAAUUAGUUCCAGUCGUUGUUGGUACUGUUGGUUCAUUAUUAGGUGGUGGUAACUGUGGUUGCAACUAA